GCAGCUGCAGUGGAGAAUCAUGUUAAGCUCGGCUACUGCGGAGAGCCCAAGGUAGCCCAAUGAUGGAUUUUGAUGAGCGUGGUCCCUGCUCCUCUAACAUGUAUUUGCCAAGUUGUACUUACUACGUCUCGGGUCCAGAUUUCUCCAGCCUCCCUUCUUUUCUGCCCCAGACCCCGUCUUCGCGCCCAAUGACAUACUCCUACUCCUCCAACCUGCCCCAGGUCCAACCAGUGCGCGAAGUGACCUUCAGAGAGUACGCCAUUGAGCCCGCCACUAAAUGGCACGCCCGCGGCAAUCUGGCCCACUGCUACUCCGCGGAGGAGCUCGUGCACAGAGACUGCCUGCAGGCGCCCAGCGCGGCCGGCGUGCCUGGCGACGUGCUGGCCAAGAGCUCGGCCAACGUCUACCACCACCCCACCCCCGCCGUCUCGUCCAAUUUCUAUAGCACCGUGGGCAGGAACGGCGUCCUGCCGCAGGCUUUCGACCAGUUUUUCGAGACGGCCUACGGCACCCCGGAAAACCUCGCCUCCUCCGACUAUCCCGGGGACAAGAGCGCUGAGAAGGGCCCCCCGGCAGCUGCGGCGACGUCCGCGGCUGCGGCGGCCAGCGGCGCGCCAGCAACUUCAAGUUCGGACGGCGGCAGCGGCGGCGGCUGCCGGGAGGCGGCGGCGGCGGAGGAGAAGGAGCGGCGGCGGCGCCCCGAGAGCAGCAGCAGCCCCGAGUCGUCUUCCGGGCACACUGAGGACAAGGCCGGCGGCUCCAGUGGCCAACGCACCCGAAAAAAGCGCUGCCCCUACACCAAGUACCAGAUCCGUGAGCUGGAGCGGGAAUUCUUCUUCAGCGUCUACAUCAACAAAGAGAAGCGCCUGCAGCUAUCCCGCAUGCUCAACCUCACCGAUCGUCAGGUCAAAAUCUGGUUUCAGAACAGAAGGAUGAAGGAGAAAAAGAUUAACAGAGACCGUUUACAGUACUACUCCGCCAACCCUCUCCUCUAA